AUACAAAUAACAGGAAUGCGAGAGUGAUAUAUGAUGCAAAAGAAGUCAUUAAUGGGCUGCAAGCACCAAUUGUUAAGGAUGCAGAGCACCAAUCAGAUGGAUAAUGUGGAUAAGAGACCAGGGAUGUUGAGGAGCCCAAAAUACACCAACAAGCGUGUUGAUGAAGUAUUUUCGGCCAGAAAGUCCAAGUUUGGAGUUGUUUUUGGAAAAGAAAAUGCAAAGGUUAUUUUAUUUGCCAAACUCAUGAUUCUUAUUCAGGAAAAUCCAUCUUUGGAGAAAACUACUACUAGUAACUUGAAGAAUGUUUUGGUUUUUUCUACUUCAGCUGCCAAGAGACAGCAAGGGAGUUCAUGCAUGGAGAAUUCUGCUACUUCAGGUGAAGUUAACAAGGAUGGUAUAUUGCAAGCUUGUCAAACAACUGCCGAGUGUAGCCAAGUCAAUUUUCGAAGUGUUUUUGAACUUUUGUCAGCUGCUGAUAAAUCUUCUGGAUUGACUGCAGUUGAUGUGGGCAAAGCAUUAAGAGGUCUGGCUGCACCAAAGCCAUGUGCCCGAACUGGUUUAGCUGCUGACUCAACUGAAAGAUGUGGGGAUAUGAUAUCAAGCUUUGCAGCCAAUUCCAUAUCCGAAUACCAUAUUCCCGUCCGGAAGGCUCCUCUGGAUCUUACUUUAAAGACCGGUCAAAAUGUGAGAGGCUCCCAGGGCUUCAAGGUUUUGCACUCAUGGAUGUAUCCUCAAUCCAUCUUGCCACCAUCUCUCACAUCAGUGCUAAGCUCAUCAACAACAGAUGCAGUUUGCACUUCUCAGUUUGUCGUCAUGUUUACUGGUGGUGACAGCUCUGGGAGUCCCAAAUGCUUCUGUAAUGCUUAUAUUUCUCGGUCAACCAGGGUAUUGUAUGACAAGAAGACUGGAACUAAUUUGCUUCAAUGGCCAGUGGAAGAAAUAGAGAGCUUGAGACGUAGCAGUGAUGAAUUUAAGGAAUUAUUGGUUAAACCUGGCACAGUAGUGCCAUUACACAUUGGCCCUGCAACACAGGAUUUUUCUAUAGUUAUUGGUUGCAUUGUUACAACUUGUAUCUCACAGUAA